UUCAAUGUUUUUCAACCCCAUUGUCACUCAUCUCCUCUCCUUAUUUCAUUACCAGUACCACCUUUGCAAAACCAAUCGAUUUCCCCAAACCGUGUAUUCUCUCUCAGUCCGUCACUCUUCUACGCUGAUUAGCAAAUUGAAUUCGUCUUUUACUGUCACUUUUUGGCAUUAUUUGAUGCGAUCUUGCUUCUGUGCACGCGAAGAUAGGGUUCGAUUUCGCAGCAUCGAUUUGCACUCGAGCAAAGGAAGAUCAAUUCAUCGGUUUGUUAUCUUCUUGAUCUUGCAAUGCACAACGUCAAUAGUUUCUAGAAAUCUCAGCUGAGAACAGUUUCCCCUUGGCGAUUAUGUAGCUCUCUCAAUUAGUUGUUGGUCCUUGGAAACUGUGAUAGCGGAAGAGUGCGAGUCGCUGGCUAUGAACUUUACACUGGAUUUGUAAACAUGGAGGAACCUGGUGGAAAUGGUGAUUUUCGUGGAAAUGUGCUAGGUCUGUACUCGAUUCUUGCGCUGGGGAGAGGUUCAAGGAAAUCCCCUUCAUUCCGAAGGUUCCAUUCCGGUAGAACCCCUCUGCGGGAUUCCAGAUCUGGCAUAAAUAGACUUCAGUGGCUCAGGAGCCAGCGAGUUGUGUUUUGUUUGAUCUUGAUUGCUCUGUGGGCUUAUGUUGGGUUUCAUGUGCAGUCGAGGUGGGCUCAUGGUGAUCAUAGGAAGUCAGACUUUGUUGGGUACAAGAGUGAGGUUGGUAGUGUCAAGCCUCAGGAGGAGACAGCAAAAUCUUUGGGAUCUGAAGCCGUCUCCUCGAUGGUGAAGGAGAAAGCACAGGGAGAGGGAAAGAAGGUUUCUGAUCCUACUGAAAGGUUGGCAAAGAGUUCUCCUCGAAAGAGGGGUAGAAGGAUGUUGAGGAGGGUGAAGCCGAAGCCUUCUGUGGAGGAGAGCGCAGACAGCGAGUUUGAAGAUGUGGUGAUUCCAACAAAAAACAAUUCAUUUGGAUUGAUGGUAGGGCCAUUUGGUGAAACUGAGAAUAGAAUUGUAGGCUUGAGUCCUCAGAAGCGGAAAGGAAAAUGUGACAGAGAAGGUGAAUUUGCGGGAAUUGUAUGGACACGUUCAUUUGUAUUGGUAUUUCAUGAGCUCUCCAUGACAGGGGCUCCCCUUUCAAUGAUGGAACUGGCUACAGAGAUUUUGAGCUGUGGAGGAAAUGUGAAGGUGGUGGCUCUCAGCAAGAAGGGUGGGUUGAUGUGGGAGCUUGCUCGACGGGGAAUCGAAAUGAUUGAGGACAAAGCAGACUUAAGUUUCAAGGCUGCCAUGAAAGCUGACCUUGUCAUUGCCGGUUCAGCUGUCAGUUCAUCCUGGAUUGAACAAUACCUUAGAAGAAAUCCUGCUGGAUCAAGCCAACUUGUCUGGUGGAUCAUGGAGAACAGACAGGAAUAUUUUAACCGAUCAAAGCAUAUGCUUAGUAAAGUGAAAACACUGAUCUUUUUGUCUGAUACGCAGUCCAAGCAAUGGUUAUCUUGGUGUGAAGACGGUAGGAUUGAGCUGAAAGCACAGCCAAUGUUGGUGCCUCUUUCUGUUAACGAUGAUUUAGCAUUUUUAGCAGGCAUUCCCUGCUCCCUCAAUACUCCAGUAUUCACAGUUAAGAAAAUGAUGGAGAAAAGGGAUCUCUUGAGAAGUGAAGUUCGUAAAAAGAUGGGAUUGUCUGAUAAUGAUAUGCUAGUAAUGAGUUUAAGCAGCAUAAAUCCUGCUAAAGGACAGCUUUUACUGUUUGAAGCAGCUCGUUUAGUAGCUGAACGUAACGUAUCUCAGAGAUAUCCAAUAAUGUUGGAGAACGAAUUUUCAGUUGUUUCUCUUCAAAACAAGACCAGCAUAAAGAAUGAGAAACAAGCAGGAGCACUGCAUUCGAACAUCAGCCAGCCAAACAAGCAAAUUAAAAAUGUACAGCAACUUAACUCAAAGAAGAGGAAUAAAAAAGAGUAUAGAGUAACUAAUAUUCUUUCUUCAAACAGUCAAACUAAGGCUGCAAAACAAGAUCUACCAAAAACAAGGAGUUUACUUUCUGAAUCUUCUGGCAGUGAAGAAGAGUCUCUCAAAGUUUUAGUUGGUUCUGUUGGAUCGAAAAGCAAUAAAGCUCCCUAUGUUAAGGCAAUGCUCAGAUUUCUAUCUCAAAAUUCUAAAAUUUCAAAACUAGUUUUGUGGACUCGAGCUACUACUCAUGUUGCGUCUCUUUAUGCGGCAGCUGAUGUCUAUGUAAUAAAUGCUCAGGGGCUUGGAGAAACAUUCGGAAGGGUGACAAUCGAAGCUAUGGCAUUUGGCUUGCCGGUCCUUGGAACUGAUGCGGGAGGUACCAGGGAAAUCGUCAAAGACAAGGUAACAGGCCUCCUCCAUCCCGUUGGCCAUGAAGGAAGCAAGGCCCUUGCACAGAGUAUCCGGUAUUUCAUAAACAAUCCAUCAGUGAGGAAGAAGAUGGGAAUGCAUGGGAGGCAGAGAGUGCAGGAAGCUUAUCUCAAGCAGCAUACCUACGGCAAGUUGGCAAAGGUCAUAGCGAAGUGCUUGAAGGUCAGACAAUAACUUUAUCAUGGCUUCUCAGAAUCCAUUCUCUUCUUUGCUACAAGAUUUGCCAUCUUCUUUUAGCAUUCAUUAUUUUGAUGGCCUUACAAGACAUUCUUCUCUAGAAGAUUUGUUAUGUCUUAGAGCAUUCGUUAUUUUGAUGGCCAUUCAAGACAUUCUUCUCCGUCAAUAUAAAUUCAAUUCGUGGUUUCUGCAGUCUGUUAUUUUCACGGGCAUGGCUGCAGUGAAAGCUGUAUUGUUUUAGGUUUCGUUUGGGAUGACUUUCUUACUGCUUCUUAAAACAACUUUUUUAGUACAAGAAUUAAAAUUUUUGUACUAAAAAACUGCUUUAAGAAAGUCAUCCCAAACAAAGCCUUAGGCUUCAUUUGAAAUACUUUAAAAAGCAAUAAGAAAGUCAUCCAAAUGAAGCCUUAGUUUCAUCUCUUUUUAGCUUUUAAUGCUUCAAGACAAUACAGAAGUUUGAAACAACUUUAUUGUAUGAGAAAUGUUAUACGCUUUAUGAGCAAUUUGAGGCUUUAAACACCCUGAUAUAGCUUUGGUUGGAAAGCUAGCUGGUUAUGAAAGACUCUGAAGUUGUGACACAGACAAGAAUAAUGAAAGCUGAUCAUAGACAAA